AUGCCAAUCAAUACGUCUUUAUAUACGGUAGAAGCGGUGGUGAUCGUCGAUAAUAAGGGUAAAAGACUCUUUGCUAAGUACUACAAGGCACCACAUGAGGAUGCAGUGGAGGAUAUCGUCAUCAACAAGAAGAAACAGCUUCAAUUCGAGAAGGAUCUCUUCGGGAAAACAUUCAAACAGGGUAAUAAUGAAAUAAUCUUGUUCGAUAAUCAUGCCGUGGUCUAUAAUGAGUUCCCAGAUAGCAUACUUUACGUUAUUGGAAGUUUGGGGGAAAACGAAGUGCUCCUAUACAACGUACUACAGGGUCUCUCAGGAGCCUUAGAGAUUGUACUAAAGAACGAGGUUGAUAAAAGAUCGAUCCAGGAAUUCUAUGAUCUUGUCGUUUUAGCUAUAGAUGAAACUAUCGAUGACGGUAUUGUCUUGGAAACAGAUUCUACGGCGAUUGCUGCUAGAGUCACCAAUGCGCCUGCUGAAGAUGUUUCUAACAUAAAGAUUGAUUUAUCUGAAAGAGGUUUUCUGAAUGCAUUCAAAUUUGCCAAAAAGAACCUCUCGGAGCGUCUUCAGCAGGGAUUCUAA